AUGACCAUUGUUGAAUCUACUGAUAUCACAAACGAUUCCAUUUCGAAAUUUAUCAAGCCAGAGCCACAAAUCCAUGAUCAGCGGGUUACCUUGCAUCACUGGUACACAAACACACAAACAACAAUCGAUAGACUUAAUACGUCACUCAUGACACAAUACGAGCAUAGGCAAUUACGAGACUUAGUUUUGCAACCACCUGAUCCAGAGUAUAAAGACGAAUUGAUUGUUCCAGUCGAACAAGAUAUAUUUCGAUACGAUACACGCACGGGCCGACGGCGUUUCCUAGUCAAAGCUCUGGGUUAUCAACCGACGUGCAUGGCAACAGGCUUUGGCUAUUGGGCAGCUGGUGGUCAACGAAGCGACUUGACGUUGAAGGAUCUUCAUUCCGAUUACAAAAUAGCCAUUACCACAUCCCCCAACAAUACCAUCAACAACGGCUUAUGUUUCUCUCGAGUGCGUGACGAAAUCCGUCUCAUUGUUUCGAAUAAUGACGCCAGUAUUCGGAUAUUCACGGUUCCUCAUUUACGGCUAUUACAAACAUUGGAGUUUUCGGUGGCAGUCAAUCAUACAUCGGUCAGCCCUGAUGGACGCAAGAUGAUUGUAGUUGGCGACGACAAGAAGGUGCAUUUGUUUUCUAUCACAUCCAGUGGACGAUAUGAACGCGUGGCGACCAUGUCAGCAUCCAGAGAUGCCAACUUUUCCGUAUCGUGGACUGCCAACUCGGAUAAGUUUGCUGUGGCUAGUCAAGAUGGCACGGUGCAUGUGUGGGAUAUUCGUCAUCGUGAUCCAUUGUAUUGCUUCAAGGGUGUUGGCAAUCCCUCUAUCACCAAGGGUGCAGCGCGAUGUGUGGCAUUUUCCAAAACGAGAGCUGUGGAUUUACUCGCAUACACAGAGCAUGUAUCGCAUGUUCAUAUUGUGGAUGCUCGCACAUUCGAUGCACAGCAAACAAUACGAGUGGGACCAGCUGAACAAGACACACCAAUUACAGGCUUAACCUUUUCACAAGAUAGCCAAAAGCUGUUUGUUGGUGUUGAUAACGCAAUUCUGGAAUAUCAGGUGGACACCCCUAGCCGUCGACGAUUUCCACAAGGAGCAUUGCUUUAG